CCAACUCGAACGAUGUGCUUCACAAACAACAAGCACCCUCUAAAAAGCCAAUGGAACAAUCCUAUUACCUGUAAGUCCCAAGAAUAACAAUAGACUCUUCCAUAAACCGCGAGGAAGGUCAUGUAGACUUAGUAACAAACAAGGCACAGAGUGCGCGUGGGGGACCCAUGGGUACAAACCUGCACCCAUUACCGACCACUUAUGCCCCGCUGGGUGUACGUGUAUAAUCAUACAUGAUAAAUGUCUGCAAAUAUUGUUUGAUCUCUGUCAACUGGGACAUGGACGCCGAAUGAUAAAACGGUAGAAUUCUUCGGUUAUGGCACUUGUUGGAACCAUUGGAUCUGAUUAAUUGUGGCCAGACUUGUGGACUAUGGAGGAAUCGUCGGACCGACACAGCUGUAGUUAGCAUGAUCAUCAGCAUAAUGCAGUAAUUUCACCCAUAUGACGAUUUACAAUACAUGUACAUUGGCAUAUAUGCUGGCGAAUUUGGGGGAGACGUCUUUAUAGUCACACAAUUCUGCAGUCUUUCCUUGCCACCCCGUUUUCAGACUUUCCAACACAUGCACAGACAUCAUAGAUUCGUGUUGGAUGUACCCAGGACUGAAUGGAAUAAGUGCUAAAGAAAGUUCGAUCAUUCAAGGGAAUGCUGGAGGAGAAAGUUAGAGCUUGCGAUUCUGGUAUCAUAAUGCGGAAGUGUUAUGCACGAGGAACCUGACUACAUGUACUUGAAUUCAAUGAAUAUGCCACAGAUUCGGUACUUCCACCGUGGUCGUUACUUCCGGCCGUCAAAGCCGCUGCAUUUCCUCCCGCCACUUAAACUCGCCACCGGAGCUACACAUCAACCAUUUCCGGAGGACGACGGGACUUGUAAAAAGACUAGCACGAGGGGGCGUGGUAGAGACAGACAACAUUCAAGAUACAGGAAGAUGGUGACGACACUAUCAAGUUACCUGACGCUGGGCAAUGUCGCAGAUAUGAAGUUCUUGUGCAGAGAUCACGUUCGACCGCCGCAGAUCGUAGACGAGGUGACCAAUGCACGCCAUCUCUUCGCCUUACUGGAGAACCAACGACUCUUGGCAGAGAAUAGCUUGUACUUCCUGCAGACGUUGCUGUACUACAUCGCCAGACCCGACUUGUACCAGAUUGUCUUGGAAUUCAGGGCAGACAGACAGGACGACUACAAGGGAAAGGGAGUGGACAUCGUCGACCACUAUCAAGUUGAUCUAGAUGAGGACGACAAGCGACUGAAGCUCGCCAGCGAACUGUUGAAAUUCCGCAAGGAUCUGAAGCCUCGACGACGCCUCAACGAAGUGGAUGUGAACGGGAUGAGGCGCAGACUGGACGAACUGAGCGUGAGAAUGAAGGACAAUAUCAAAAUCAUACAACAGCCAAACGCGUCUCAACGUGUUUGCGAUGAUACUACUGACGUUAAUUCAGUAAACGGCGACGCAGUGAGACAAGAUAAAGACAGGGAACACGCCCAUAAAACUACCUUGAGGACGCAAAGGACUCAUCUCCACACUAACCGGAGUCCUAACUUUGCGCCUGUGAGGUCCUUCAAAAGGUCUGGGAUUCCCAAAACAAGAAAGCCCUUAAAGACGGAAAGUGUCAACAAAGAUCCCGAAGACUCCCAAACAAAAUAUCAAAAACAAACAGAGGAGAUCCAUGUAGCAAGCAGACAAGAACUUGAAGCUUCCUUAACCGAGGAAUCUAAGGAUGAGGACUAUUACACCGAAGACGAAGAGGAAAUCUCUGUUGACACUUUUGGCUACGAGACUCCCUGCCCGCCACCAAGAGAAAGUGCACUCGGCGUCAACGGGGUCAAAGUUUACGAUGACGUCACCGGUAAUCCCAUCACCAAGUAUACCAAUGUCAAGGUUCCCAACCCUUCCAACUUGGAUCAAGUGACGAAUAGAAUCCAUAAACUACGGCGCCAGUCUAAGGAACAGAGAAACAACUCGAUGGGACGAAUCAAAAAGAAGAAAAGGAAAUCUAAAACCACGAGGACUAGCGAAUCAGGUUUGAACACGUCACGAGAUGACGUGGGAAGCUCGAAUGCUGACGUGAAGUUGCCAGACAUUUAUGAUAAAUACGCAAGACAAACGACCGUGCAGUAUUAGCCCAACAGUUGACAUUAAAUAAUAAUUAAACAGCUUGAACUCAUUGCACAUUUUCUACAGUAUUCUCGAAGUGCGUUAUGUUGAAUUACAUUCAACGUUACUUUUUAUGGCCGCAGCACUACAAGUGCGUCUUUCCAACUUUCCCAUAAAAGAUGCUGCGUUUUUAAGUUUUGUGUAAACUAUGCAACUUAUGAUACACACUUCUUUAGAUAGAGCUAGAUACGUUUGUGGUAUCUGCUUAUAGCUUCAAUGACCAUGCCAUACCGUAUACAUGUACCCAAAGGUCUCACUGGCGUUCUUUCGUUUUGGAAGGUUAGUCAUGACGGUUUGUCAUGACAACUCAUCAUGUCGGUCGUCCUGUCCAAUCACAUUCCUCGCUGAAACGAGCGCCUACUCAAUAAAACUUGGCCAAUCAACUAGCUCCUAGUGUACGGUUACCUUUGUCUUUCGUAAUAAGACUUAAGAAUGCAACAACUAUGCAACAACAAUGGAAAUUGAACUCGAAUGUAACAAUGGAAAUUGAAAGCAAGCCCAGUUGCUCAUUGAAUGAGAUUAGUGCGGUAUUUUCAAAAAGGGGUACGAGGGCCCUACAUUUAUUUACCAUGCAAUGUUUACAAUUCUAAAAGAAAAGGAGCAGGCAAAAACCUCUUUCAUGAAGGGACUGCCUUAUUGCACCGAUGAACUCGUACAGAAAUAAAGUAUCAUUCUUACAAGAAAAAAAUAGAAACACUUUUGAAAAAUCACUUUUAUAUUAUUUUUAGGCACUACAAUACAGCAUGUGUUUACAACUAGCAAAAUUGCAUUUUUUUACCUCAUUUUCAACCCUCCAAAAUGCCACUUGCCAGGGCACUCAGAAUAAUAUGGUUAGUUCAGACAAAUGUCUGAACUAACCAAAAAUAUGACUUUAAAAUGCUAGAAUGUUUAAUGUCAUGUCCAAAUUUAUUUCAAGGCAUGGGAAAAGAAGGAAAAUGAAUGUUUAAUACACUUCUUCUGAGUUUUUAUUCCUUUCACUCCCUU